UUUCAAUACCCAGACUUCUAUAAUUGGAAUAGGAUCAAGGUUAUGUACUGCGAUGGGUCAUCAUUUACAGGCGAUGUCGAAGCAGUCAAUCCCGCCACUAAUCUUCACUUCAGAGGUGCAAGGAUUUUUGUCGCUGUUAUUGAGGAUCUAUUAGCAAAAGGAAUGAAGAAUGCUGCAAAUGCUAUCAUCUCAGGCUGUUCAGCUGGUGGUUUAACAUCCAUAUUGCAUUGUGAUAGCUUCCGAGCUCUCCUACCCAUCGGUACUAAAGUAAAAUGCCUUUCGGACGCUGGCUAUUUUAUAAAUACGUAA